UCUGACUCUCUGCAGUUCCAGCGCAGUGUGGGCCAGCAGGAGGAGGACAGCGACCUGUGGGUGGGCUACUGCGCCUUUCACCUUGGAGACUACCGGAGAGCCAUGGAGGAGUACCGCUCCCUGACGCAGCGGGAUGGCUGCUCCCCAGAUGUCUGGGUGAACCUGGCCUGUACCUACUUCUUCCUGGGAAUGUACGCAGAGGCCGAGGAGGCUGCUCUAAAGGCUCCUAAGAGCCAGCUGCAGAACCGCCUGCUGUUUCACCUGGCUCAUAAGUUCAACGACGAGAAGAAGCUGAUGGGUUUCCACCAGAACCUGCAGGAUGUGACAGAGGACCAGCUCAGCCUGGCCUCUAUCCACUACAUGAGGUCCCACUACCAGGAGGCCAUCGACAUCUACAAGCGCAUCCUGCUGGAGAACAGCAACACUGCUGAGGCAGAGCUGAAGAACCUGAUUGAUAUCUCCUCCAGCUCCUUCGAGUUUGCCAAGGAGCUCAUCAGACACAACCUGGUGGUGUUUCGGGGAGGGGAGGGGGCUCUGCAGGUGUUGCCCCCCCUGAUUGACGUCAUUCCUGAGGCUCGACUCAACCUGGUCAUUUACUACCUCCGCCAGGAUGAUGUCCAGGAGGCCUUCAACCUGAUUAAAGAUCUUGAACCGACCACUCCUCAGGAGUAUAUACUGAAGGGGGUUGUGAAUGCAGCGCUGGGACAGGAGAUGGGGUCGCGGGACCAUCUGAAGAUUGCACAACAGUUCUUCCAGUUGGUAGGAGGGUCAGCUAGUGAGUGUGGUGAGUCCAACACCUUCUCUCUCUCAGUGCAGUGUCAGUGUACAGUGUUCCUGGGCACUCAGGAGUGUUCUGUUCUGUGUGUUCAGGUGUUCCUGGGCACUCAGGGGUGUUCUGUUCUGUGUGUUCAAGUGUUCCUGGGCACUCAGGGGUGUGCUGUGCUGUGUGUUCAGGUGUUCCUGGGCGCUCAGGAGUGUGCUGUUCUGUGCUGUGUAUUCAGGUGUUCCUGGGCACUCAGGAGUGUGCUGUUCUGUGCUGUGUAUUCAGGUGUUCCUGGGCACUCAAGAGUGUGCUGUUCUGUGCUGUGUGUUCAGGUGUUCCUGCUGAUCCAGAAUGAGAAGAUCAAGCGUGACUACACCUACCUGAGCUGGCUGGCACGCUGCUGUGAGUCACUCACUGUGGUGAUGAACACUGACCUGUACACUCUGACCUGAACACCGUACUGUACACACCACAGCACUGCACAAACUGACCUAAAUACUGAACUGUACACACUGCACUGCACACACUGAACUGAGCACAAUCUUCCUGCAAACUCACUGUCUCAGUGUCUGCUGCACACACUGAACACUGUACUCUCUGCACACUCACUGCUGCGUACACUGAACAAUGUACUCCCUGCACACUCACUGCUGCACACUGUACUCCCUGCACACUCACUGCUGUGCACACUGAACACUGUACUCCCUGCACGCUCACUGCUGUGUACACUGAACACUGUACUC